AUGAGCCAAGCACCAUCUCUCAUCAGCAUCCAAAAGACCGUCUGGGACGGCAAACUUCCAUUAGAGAUUGUCCUGGCACCGUCAGAGAGCCGGUCAUAUGAUCAAACAGAUCCAUAUCUUAUUGCAUGUUCACGACUCGCCUAUCUGCCCUCUCUAUUACCCCGGUUAAGGGCAUUCUUCUCACCAUCCUUGAUCGACCCUAACUCCCAUUCCCAUGACGGAUGGUUUUCAUUUGAAGGCGUUCCAUUGAAAUGGCACUAUCCUAUUGGACUUUUAUAUGAUCUCUACGCGGAAGCAGAUCCGGCAUCAUCUAAGGGAAGUAAAUCAGACGAGGCAGGCGAGACUGCCAGCGGCCCGCAUUCCUGGCGAUUAACAGUACAUUUUAAUGACUGGCCUCACGAGGAAUUAGUCCAACUUGACGCGGAGGGAGUGGUAAUUAAUGAUGCCUUUAUAAACAGUGUCAAGGAAGCGGACUUCCUUCGAAAUGGGACGGCGAAGGGAAUUAUGACUCUCUCGAAGGAAGAUUCAUCUGGGUUGUGGGAAGCUGUCCAAGAUGUUGACCUCCCUUCCUUCCAACGUAUAUCCAAUAUCCUACUCCCCACCCAACCAUUUCGCAGUGUGCCUAUUCGCUUCUUCCUCCCUCUUCCUCCAGAUUCAGGCGCCCCCUCUCUCAAACUAGUGCAAUCACCACUUUCUCCCUCUAUCUCGACAUCUCAGCCACAGACUAUCGGCACAGCCCUUCACACCCUCCUCCCACAUUUGUUUCCGAGCCGCAGAACGCCCGUAUUAGCCAAGCCCGUGCUGCACGGAGCCGUGGUGCCCAUGUCUGCGCCGAUUGAGGAAGUGGUCAGGAGUUCAGCUUAUGGAGAUGGAUGGGCAUACAUUGUUAUUCGUAUGAUGGGGUAG